UAUAACGUAACGUCACCUAAAAAUUUCACAUUUAAUGAAGCUUUUGAUACAUUAAAGGUAAUGUCUUCGGGUCUCAGACUUAGUAAACCGCUUAACGGCGAAGACGUCUCCCGAAUGUAUUUCACGGGUCUCUCCACUCAUACACCCAAAGACUUAUUGAUCCGAGAAAUUGGUAUCGCUUUUGGAGAUUAUUGCAUCACUUGUCCGACCAUUCAGUUCGCAAAGAAUGUCUUUUCAAGUAAUAAAACCGGAACUAAAGUCUUUCAAUACUAUUAUAACAGUAAAGUAGGAAAACCUAAGAUAUCCUGUUUGGGUAAAUGGAUGGGUGUCUGUCAUGCAAGUGAUAUUAUGCCAGCAUUUGGUUUGCCAUUCCUUCAGCCAAAUGAAUAUUUAGAUCGCGAGAGAGACAUAUCCUCACAAAUGAUGGACUCUUUUAUUAGUUUUGCCAAAAAUAGUAACCCUGGUACAAUAGACGGCGCCCAAUGGCCGCAAUACUAUUCAAUGGGAGCCAAUAUAAUAGCGCCGUAUUAUGAGUACACAAAUGAACCGAAAUCUGUCACUAAUUUCAACAUUGGAUUAAAGAUCGAUGAAUGCGAUUAUCUAUGGAAUCAAUACAACCAUUAA